UUAAGAAAGCAAACUGUGUAGAUUCUCGUGUAAGCCACCGUCGAGUUUGCCCUUUGCUCAGAUUUCUCCGAUGUCGAUCUUCCAGUACAACGGAAGCGCCGUGGUGGCAAUGGUAGGGAAGAACUGCUUCGCCAUCGCAAGUGAUCGAAGGCUCGGCGUGCAGUUACAAACCAUCGCUACGGAUUUCCAGAGAAUCUCCAAGAUCCACGAUCAUCUCUUCAUCGGCCUUUCCGGUCUCGCCACUGAUGUCCAGACACUUGAAGGGUACCAGAGACUCGUGUUUCGUCACAAGCUGUAUCAGCUUCGGGAAGAGAGAGACAUGAAGCCUGAGACUUUCGCUAGUCUUGUCUCCGCCAUUCUUUAUGAGAAAAGAUUUGGUCCAUACUUGUGCCAACCUGUGAUUGCUGGACUGGGAGAAGAUGAUAAACCUUUCAUAUGCACGAUGGAUUCCAUUGGAGCCAAGGAGUUGGCUAAAGAUUUUGUUGUCUCUGGAACUGCUUCAGAAUCACUAUAUGGUGCCUCUGAAGCCAUGUACAAACCAGAUAUGGAAGCUGAUGAAUUGUUUGAGACAAUUUCACAAGCACUUCUCUCUUCAGUUGACCGCGAUUGUCUGAGUGGAUGGGGAGGACACGUCUACGUUGUCACACCAAAUGAAAUCAAGGAGAGAAUCCUCAAGGGAAGGAUGGAUUGAUCUAGAAUCACGUAUCCGCUUUUGUCCAAGUUUCGGUUUACCGGUUUAAUCUGGUUUAAGUAGAACAAACCUCUUGUUCCAAUACAUACUCGAUCGUUUCUUGAACUUCUACAUACCACUCUUGAUAAUAUGAUUGUUGUAUUUAGUUUGGUUGGUGAUGAUGAUGGUGAUGGUGAUGAUAUGUUCACAUCGUGAAGA